UUCCUGCUCCUACUAACUGCAGAAAACCAGAAAAGAGAAAUCACACAUGUGCCCAAAAAGGGAGUGUCUAUUGAAGCUGCUGAAUAAAUUGUGUGAUCCCCACAGACGUGGAGGGACAGAGAUCAACUUAGGAGGAAUUUGAAAACAGCCCUGUUUACCCAGGCAUUGGAUGGCUGAAAAACGCUGUUCUUGGCAACUGCGUCACCUGGAAAAUAUUAGCUGUGAGGGACUGUGAUAGAAAGCUUCUUAGAGAGAAGAUGGCAAAAUCGCUGGAAACAAGUGAAAACAAGCUAGCCCAGAAGUACCUCAAAGAAAGCACACGUGUCGCAAAGGGCGCCCCUUCUGUGUUUGCUCUUCAACUGGCAAAGGCAUCAGAAUCUUCUCCCAAGUACCAUGUAGGAGAAGAGAACUUGCGUGCCACCAACAAAGUGGUUAUGAUGAUGGGGGCAACAGGGUCAGGGAAGACCACUGUCAUCAACGGGAUGAUCAAUUAUAUCCUGGGUGUGCAAUGGGAAGAUAACUUCAGAUUCAAACUUAUUCAUGAGAUGGCAAACAGGAGUCUGGCUGAAAGCCAAACAUCUGAAGUGACGGCUUAUGUGGUGAACUUUAAGGAGGGUCUUCACAUCCCCUUUUCCAUUACUUUCAUUGACACCCCAGGAUUUGGAGACACAAGAGGAAUAGGGCGCGACAGAUUGUUGAUAGAGAAGAUUAGGAAUUUUUUUUCCACCCCAGAAGGCAUUGACCAUAUUGAUUCUGUCUGCUUUGUAGUCAAGGCCUCCUCAAACCGCUUAACACCAUCCCAGAAAUAUGUCUUUGACUCUGUGCUCUCCAUUUUUGGGAAAGAUAUAAAGGAAAACAUCCAAUUCCUGGUCACAUUUGCUGAUGCAGAGACCCCCCCUGUCCUAGAGGCCAUUAAGACAGCAGAUGUGCCAUGCGCGAAAGAUGCCAGUGGCACCCCCGUGCACUUCAGAGUCAAUAAUUCAGCAUUUUUUGCCAACAAUGCUGUGGGGGAUGAAGGGAACCUUAAUUUUAAUAGAAUGGUUUGGCAAAUGGGCACAAUCAGCAUAAAGACCUUCUUUGACUCCUUGAAAACACUGAAAACUAAAAACUUAAAAAUGACAAAGGAAGUGCUCAGAGAGCGGAAAGAGCUGGAAACUGUUGUGCAGGGACUUCCGCCCCAAAUCAAAGCUGGGCUGGUGAAGCUGGAAGAACUGAGGAAGACAAAGGAAGUCCUGGCUGAGCACCAGGAAGACAUGGAGGCCAACAGGGACUUUGAGUAUGAGAUAAAAGUAUCCGUAGCAGUGGUGCAAGACCUCUCCGAAACGGGUGAAUAUGCAACGAAUUGCAAGACAUGCCGGAUAACGUGUCACUAUCCUUGCAUGCGUUCUUGGGAUCUUUUGAAUCGCUUUUGUACAGCUAUUAGUCUGCUCACAGGACAAUGCAACGUUUGCCCUGGCAAUUGCUCAGUCAGUGACCACUGCAACCGGAACUACGGAUAUAAAACUGAAGUGAGAAAAGAGAAAAGGACCUACGAGGAGCUGAAGAAGAAGUACGAGGAUGCCUUUCAGGGGGUGAUGACGACGGAGGAGUUGCUUCAGCGUCUCAGCCAGGAAUACGAAGAGGUGAGAGAAAACUUAAUGGGACGCAUCCAGAAAGCCUUUCAAAGCCUCCGGCACCUGGAGGAGAUUGCACUGAAGCCCAACCCACUUUCUGCCCCAGAAUACAUUGACAUGCUAAUCUUGUCAGAAAAGCAGGAAGCAGAUCUCGGGUAUCAGGAGAGGGUCCGGUUGCUCCUAGAGGUCAGAAAAGAAGCAGAGCUUGUCCAGAAGAUUGCCAACAAGGAGCCCCUGCUGCCGGAAGAGAAGGACCUUUAUGAGCAAAUUGAACAAAGGAAAAAGGGUUUGCGUUUGAGAUCCAAAUUUAGGAAGGUGAAGGCUGCUGUGACUAACCACUCUAAAUAAAAUCAGCCCCUCUUUGCCUCCACAUCUUUGUAGAAACCCCCUGCCUGCUUUCAACUCACAGCAGUGGUUCCGGCUAACCAUGUACAAGUGCACUGGGGAGAGGAGACUUUUUUUGGAAAGGCCCAAGAAAGCCCUCCUUGAUGGCCUCCUCAGGAGUAAAACUGACUAUGGGAAAGUGCAACGGGUGAUCUUCUGUAACUUUGACAACUUUGGCUAAGCUAGAUGGGCCUUGUCGUCAUCUUAUUAACCCGAAAUUAGAAAUCUCUUUUCGACUGUAUAAUCAGCCUCCUAACUAGGAAAUGCUAAUACAAUCUCUGAAGUUUUAUUUUAGUCACAUGACUGCUAAUUCAAGUAGAAAUCAUAUGUCUGGGACUUGAGUGGUUAAAUGUUAAAUUGACAUCAAUAAAAAUAUUUAAAUACUAA